UUGUCCCUCUAUAGAUUUGUCAUAAUCGAUUUUUAAUGGGAUAAUUAGGUUUCUUUGUAGUACAUAUUUUCUUCCAUUGUAUUUUCUGAGAGAGAGAGCACAAAAUAUUUAAUUUCAUCCUUAUUCCUCUCUUUUCAAGAAUUAUUUUAUUGGUCUUAAUUUAUAAAUUUAGAAUGCUUCCAAUCUUCUGAAAAACAUUGGGAUUAGACUUCUUGUUAGCAUCUAUCUCCUCUUUUUUUGUUCUUCAUUUAGUUAACAAGAAUAAAGGCAUGAACAGAGUUUGUUCUCCUUAUUUUGAUCCUGAUUUUGAUGGCCUAGCUGAGAGGAUAAAUGGCCCAAAAUGUCGAGUUACAAUUGACAAUGAGAGUCUAGAGAAUUGUACAGUAGUGAAGAUUGAUAGUGUAAAUAAGCAAGGCCUCUUGCUAGAAGUAGUGCAGGUGCUCACAGAUACGAAUCUCAGUAUAUUGAAAGGCUAUAUAUCUUCAGAUGCUGGAUGGUUCAUGGAUGUCUUUCAUGUCAAAGAUGAGCUCGGUAAUAAAGUUACAAAUCAGAGGGUUUUCAACUAUAUUCAGCAGGCACUUGGUGCAAAUAGGGAGGGAAUACAGAAAUCAAUGACAGGAAGUAGAAAAAUUUUCAAAUGUCAAUCUCUUCCUGAGCCUAGGGCAAUUGAAAUGACUGGAAGAGACAGGCCAGGGCUAUUUUCAGAGAUAACAGCUGCCCUGGCUGAUCUCCAUUGCAACAUUGUGGAAGCACAUGCAUGGAGCCAUAAUGCACGUUUAGCAUGCGUUGUUUACAUUUCGGAAGAGUCUACUGACACACCUAUCGACCACAAUCGCUUGACAGCAAUUGAAGAUCACCUCACCACAGUGCUCCGAGCAACAACUACUCAGAACACAAAUGAAGAAAAUGUGAAACAACAAGAAGUAAAAACCGCUUAUGGCCUUAAUCCUGAGGGAGAAGGCACAGUGACCGAUGUUGAACGUAGACUACAUCAGCUUAUGCUAUCUGUCCCUGAUUUUGAAAGCCCUUCAAAGCCUAUAAUAGUGGGGUCUCCAAGAUUAAUUGAUAGUAGUGAUGAUCAUAAGGAAGAGAAAAUGUUGAGAGUGUAUAUUGAGAAUUGUGAUGAGAAGGGAUAUUCAAUAGUUGCUAUUCAGUGCAAGGAUCGUAGGAGGCUUAUGUUUGAUACCGUUUGCACUCUUGCAGAUAUGCAAUAUGUCAUCUUUCAUGCUUCCGUAGAUUCUCGUGGAGGUUAUGCAUUUCAGGAAUAUUUCAUAAGGCAUGUUGAUGGAUAUGCAAUGAGCUCAGAGAGUGAGAAACAAAGAGUUAUAAAAUGCUUGGAAGCUGCUAUCGAACGAAGAGUUUGUGAGGGAAUCCGAUUAGAACUAUGUGCGAACAAUAGAGUAGGAUUGCUUUCUGAUAUUACUCGAGUUCUUAGAGAGAAUGGUCUAGCUGUCGUUAGAGCAGAUAUAGCAACUGAGGGAGGGAAAGCAAGAAAUAUAUUCUACUUAAGAGACAAUUCUGGUAAUAAUAUUGACAUGAAAUUUCUUAAGUCUAUGAAGACCGAGAUGGGCGAAAUUGAUGUUGCCGUGAAUGACGAGACAACCAUCACCACCACAACAACCACAAGCUCCAUGACACGUGGAAGCUCUUUUCGAUCUUUUGGAGAUUUAAUGAAAUCUCAGUUCGAGAAACUCUCCCAAAACUUCAUUACCAUCUAGUGGAUUAGCAAUUAGAAGAUGUAAAUUCCUAGUAGUAAUAUUUUUCUUGUUUGAUAGGGUCAAAGGUAGACAUUACUGUACAUAUGUAAAAAAUUGUAAAUUUGUCUGUUGAAUCUAUUCCUGCGCAUUUCAAUUUGACAGUCCCAAGGAUA